UCCCGAACUGUCAUACAAUUGUCAACAAUUCGUCGUAUUUUUUAACAACAAUCAGUAAUUAUCUCGUAGUUAGGAAACAAAACACAAUCCCAGACAGAAUUACUCCAACAGAAACAACAAUGACCUCUGCUUUAUAUCUGGAACACUACUUAGAUAGUUUAGAACACCUGCCGAUCGAACUGCAAAGAAACUUCACGUUGAUGCGUGAUCUCGACUCGCGGGCGCAAACUUUGAUGAAAAACAUUGAUAAUUUGGCCGAUGAAUACUUGAGGAACCAAAAGACAUUGACUGAUGAACAAAAAAAGGAGCAACUUGAUAAGAUACAAAAACUCUUCAACAAGGCGAAGGAGUACGGCGAUGACAAGGUGCAGCUAGCAAUACAAACCUACGAACUAGUAGACAAACACAUCAGAAGGUUGGACAACGAUUUGGCGCGCUUCGAAUCGGAAAUCCAAGACAAGGCGCAAAACUCCAGGAAUCAGGAUGAAGCAUCAUUAAUCAAAAAAGGCAGGAAAAAACCAAAGGACGGCAAAACCGAAAAGAAGAAACGUUCCGGCAAUUCCAGCGAGGAAGAUUCUACAGGUGCCACCAAGGGUGGGAAGAAAAAGAAACAGAAAUCUGGGCCUGGGAAUGCCAUCACAAACAGUGUGGCAAGUGGGGCCAAAACCGCCUCAGGUGAGGUUGCGGAUGUUGUCGCUUCAGUUUUACCGGGUCUGACGCAUCCUAGUGACGUCCUGGACAUGCCUGUGGACCCCAAUGAACCCACCUAUUGCUUAUGUCACCAAGUAUCUUAUGGUGAGAUGAUUGGUUGCGAUAAUCCAGACUGUCCCAUAGAGUGGUUCCACUUCGCGUGUGUGGGGCUGACGACGAAACCCAAAGGAAAAUGGUACUGUCCGAAGUGCGUCCAAGACCGGAAAAAAAAAUAAUGAUAGUCGCACUUAGGCAAUUCCAUUCCAUUUAACGAAGCUCAUCUAUCAACUUUUAAUGUACAUACGCGAUUUUAAACUAUGAUAAUUAUUUAUUUGAAAUAUUUUUUACAUAUUUUUUUAUAUGUUUUAAUGAGCGUUAGAUCUCAAGAUUUUUAUGUAUGUAAUUUGUUUGAAGGAGAUAUAUUGUUAUUGUAUUUAAAUUGAAUUGGAUUUUAAAAUAAAUAGGUCAAUUUUAA